AUGUUUUCAUUAAUUUACGGACUUUGGCAGUACAUGUUCAGCAAGUUAGAACUUCAUGUACUCAUUUUAGGGAUUGACAAGGCUGGCAAAACGACUUUGCUUGAGAAGAUGAAGUCUGUGUACACGAAUGUAGAAGGUCUUCCUCCGGAUCGAAUUGUUCCAACUGUGGGAUUGAAUAUUGGUCGAAUUGAAGUGGCAAAUAGAAAACUUGUGUUCUGGGACCUGGGAGGCCAGCUUGGUCUUCGCUCAAUCUGGGAGAAAUAUUAUGAAGAGGCACACGCUGUAGUAUUUGUUGUAGAUGCAUCUUGUCCCUCACGAUUUGAAGAUUCAAAGUCUGCACUUGAAAAGGUGCUUCGACAUGAGGAUCUCAAAGGAGCCCCUCUAUUGAUUUUAGCAAACAAGCAAGAUCUUCCUGAAGCAGUAUCAUCUGAAGAACUUGCCCGGUAUCUAGAUUUGAAGAAGCUGGACGAAAGAGUUUACAUGUUUGAAGCUGUGUCAGCAUAUGAUGGGCUGGGGAUCAGGGAAAGUGCAGAAUGGCUAGUGGAAGUGAUGGAGAGAAGCAAAAGGACUGAAAUGUUGAGAUUGCGGGCAGGUGCAUUAGGUCCAGGUUCUGCCUAG